GCGUAGCCUAUCCCUUACCUGUUUGUAUCAUCCAAAGAAUUUGCAUCAAAUCCGUGAAUUGGGGGUAAACCCUGGAAGUUUGACAGCCUUGUCCUAUGUGCAUGGGCUUUCCAGAUCUCAUGAGCAUGUCUGUGGAUCAGCGCUUAGCAUUCUCCAUUGUGCAGUUCCUCAGAGAACAAACAAACCGGGGGUCUCUCAGCUCUGAUGAGCAGGAAAGCCUCGAAGUUGCAAUACAGUGUUUGGAGACCACGUUUAAGAUCAGCCCCAGCGACUGUCACCUGGCUGCUCCUCAACCUCUCACUGAGAUCUUCCUUAAUUCCCUGCUUAAGAAUGACAAUCUGACCACCCCAGAGACGUCCCCUCCUCCAGAGACUAUAGAGAGGGCAGAGCAGCUGAAGAACGAAGGUAACAAUCACAUGAAGGAGGAAAACUACACCUCUGCCGUGGACUGCUACACGAAAGCCAUUGAUCUGGACCAAAGAAAUGCUGUUUACUACUGCAACAGGGCAGCGGCGCACAGUAAACUGGGUCACUACACCGAGGCCACAGUAGACUGUGAGCGAGCCAUAGCAAUUGACCCCACCUACAGCAAGGCAUAUGGGCGAAUGGGGCUGGCUCUGACAUCCAUGAGUAAGUACCCUGAUGCCAUCUCCUACUUUAAGAAGGCCCUGGUGCUCGACCCAGACAAUGACACCUACAAAUCCAACCUAAAGAUUGCAGAGCAGAAACAAAGGGAGGUGUCCAGUCAGACUGCCACAGGAUUGGGUUUCGACAUGGCCAGUCUGAUCAAUAACCCUGCAUUCAUAAGUAUGGCUGCAAGUGUUAUGCAGAAUCAGCAGGUGCAACAGCUCAUGUCAGGAAUGAUGUCCAACGCAGUGGGAGACCAUGCUGCUGGUGUUGGAGGUCUGUCAGACAUCUCCAGUCUGAUUGAAGCAGGCCAGCAGUUUGCCCAGCAGAUCCAGCAGCAGAACCCGGAGCUGAUCGAGCAGCUAAGGAACCACAUCCGCAGCCGCUCCUUCAGCGGCAGCGCCGAAGAACACUCCUGAGCCAGCAGGUAGGUGUGCAGGAGAGAGUGAGUUUGGAGCGCAAGUCCGGCGGAGGAAACGAAGGCAGUCCCUCUCCACCCUUUCUUUCUGACCACGAGCGGAGAGGGCGAGAGGCACGGGUGAUGGACGUUGGGGACAGCCCAGAGGCAUUCUGGGAGAAACAGAGGGCAGGAGAACGCCAUCGCGGUCCGAUUCUGACACUCUCACACACACCCAUACUUCAUUCACGUCGGCACGGAUGAGAGACAUCUCAUGAAACGUGUGAGUCACGAGGGACUGUGGUGCUGAAAUCUGGGAUGCCGUGUGUAGUGUCAGAAUAAGACCCCUCUAGUUUUGUGUGCACAGAACUGAAACAUCAUUCACCAAUAGACUGGGUAUGUUGCAUUUCCUGUUUCGUGGCAGUGUGCAAAACAUCUUCAGCUCUUCUCAUGAUAGCUGGCUGUGCACAUCAGGGUCUCUGUCUUUUUUUUAACACCAUUUAUUACAGUUAAGCAUUAUUUUGUGCCUAUUGAUUAUAUAGAAGCACCAAUACUUUAUAUAUACCCAUGUGUAUGUAUAAAGUAGGGUUACAUUUGACGACAAUGUAUGACAAUGAAAAUGUGUACAUUUUAGGGAACAGUAGACAUAUUUGUGGUGACAUCACUAGCAGUACUCUGUCCUGAUUGGAGCAGUGUUGAUAUGCCUAGUGUCAGCCUUAUUGAUUUUGCAUGAUCUAGACCUGACAUUCAAACAAAGAGUAUGAAUACUGUAUGCUUGUGAAUACAAAGCAGUGUCAUGUUUUGCCAAAAAUAUGUUAAUAAAUGUCUUCAAACUCUCA